AUGGCACCGGCAAGCAAGAAGUUGGUGACGCCCCUAGCAAGGAACGAUGUGCUUACCUCGAGUGCCGGUGCCUUCCAUUUCUGGUUGCAGCGGCAGCUUGGAGCAGGGGCCUGUCGGGAAGCCGGAAACAGUGCAGAUCUUCGUUUGGUCAAAACCUAUAUCGAACUUGGUUUACCAGGAACCCAAAUUGAGUUCCUUAUGUCAGAGAGGAAUCAGAAUGACACAUUUGCAGACUUUGAAUACAUGACAGAUCGACUUCUGGAUGAGAUAAUACAGUACAUUCAAAUUUACAACCUUACAGUUUCCAAAAUCAGUUUCAUAGGGCACUCUUUAGGUAACUUGAUUAUUCGAUCUGUUCUUACAAGACAAAGGUUUAAAUUUUAUUUGAACAAACUGCACACUUUCCUUUCUCUGUCUGGGCCUCACCUGGGGACAUUAUACAACAGUAGCACACUCGUUAAUACAGGACUCUGGUUUAUGCAGAAGUGGAAGAAGUCUGGAUCACUGCUUCAACUGACGUGUCGAGAUCAUUCUGAUCCUCGCCAAACUUUUCUGUAUAAGCUGAGCAAAAAAGCAGGUCUCCAUUACUUCAAAAAUGUGAUAUUAAUUGGCUCACUACAAGAUCGUUACGUUCCCUACCAUUCUGCUCGAAUUGAAAUAUGUAAAACUGCUUUAAAGGAUAAACAAUCAGGACCAAUAUAUGCCGAGAUGGUCCAAAAUCUUCUAACACCGGUGCUUGAAAAUAAAGAAUGUAAUUUGGUUCGAUAUGAUGUCAUCCAUGCAUUGCCCAGCACCGCUAAUUCAUUAAUAGGACGAGCAGCUCAUAUUGCAGUUCUCGAUUCUGAAAUAUUUUUGGAGAAGUUUUUUCUGGUUGCAGGCCUUAAGUACUUUCAGUGAGAAUGGGUGCCAUAGACUCUUACCUGUUUAUUUAAGGAAACAUACUUGUAUAACGUUGUCUCUCCCUAAAAAAAUUUAACUGUUUACUUGUUUCCAAUACGAAAACGUAUAAACGUUGGGUUCUCAGAGAUAGUUAAAAGAUCUCAAUACGUUUAUGCCUGUUGUUCUGUGCUGUGCGAUACCAGUUUUAUAUUUUUAUCUACCUUAUGUACUUUUUUUUUCCAGUUCAGUUGUUCUGUGUUUUUGAGAAGUUUUAUUCUGCAUUUUUAAGUAUCAGUUAACAAUUGAAAUGAUCAGGGUGCACUGACAUAACUUUACUUUAUAAAUUUAUAGAGUAAACAUCCAUUAGUAAAUUAGAGAUAAUGUUAGUUUAAUUCUUGACUUCCAAAGAAUUCGUUUUCAUAAUUUAAUUAGGACCCUGUUGUAUGUAACACUUUUAGCAUGGACUUUGGCAACUGGAAACCCUUUUAAGACGCUGCUAUAUAUUUAUACAUUUUUAACAUUGCUCAGCCUGUAGGAAAUCUACAGAUCUGAUCUUCAUUUCAUGCAAUCUUUAUGAGAAGACCAAAUACUGUUGUAUACAUGCAUACGUUGUCUCACUAUCAAAUUUUAAACUAGUUCAUAAAUGUCUUCUAUACAUUUUUAUACAGAAAAUAUCUUGUUGCAGCUCUUAACAAUACCUGUGGAACAUGCUAUUUUUUCUACUGCUGAAGUGGAAAGACCUUUUGCUACGGAACUUUUAGAACUGAAGAAACUAUUUUCACAUCUUCACACACUUUAUAUGUAAUAUAAAACUUCUGACCGUCUUACUACUAGUCUGAUGACCUUGAUUUACAAUGAUUGUAUAGGAGUUUAUACCAUGGUGCAGUACAGUGACCCCAGCAUACACAAGACAUUUAAAAUCAACCCAUUUACAUUCUGAGAGAGUUGUGGUGAAGAGCCAAUAUUCUCAAACUCCUGUUUAAUGAACAGUCAAUUGAUCUCUCUGUUUAAGUAAAUGUCAUAUAAAAAUAUGUUGACAUAUAAGGAUCUCAACAUAGUUAACCCUUGUUAUUAUUUUUGAAAACCACAUGAAAAAUGUGCUACAGGAGAGGCCAUUUUAUGUGGCUGCUCUGAAUGGUGAGCUAGAAGCACUCCAUGUGAUAGCACAGGCUAUGAUGCAUCAGUGUUGUACUGAUUUUUACAAGACUGACAUAGAAAAUUAUACAGAAAAUUACUGCAUUCAUUUUUGAAAUGUUUGAGAUAAUUAGGCAUUUUACUCUAAUUUGUAAGCUCUUAAAUAGAGGAAACAUUUCCAAUUUUAAUUUAUUUAUUCUUGGUGGUUUGAUUAACAGUGAGCAUAUUAUGUGUUGUUUAUGGGUUACUAGUGCAUAUCUAACUUCUAACAAACAGAGAAGGAAAGAACACAUAUUGUUGUCAUAUGCUUUUAAUAAAUUCAUAAUUUAUGUUGUAAAAUUCAAACUACGUGGUGCAUGUAUCAUCUGUUUGUAGCCUUGUUUUUCAACCUGCAACCUCAUACUGUGGCCAGGAAACAUCACUAUAUAAAUGACAGUUCUAAUAAACCUAUUGUAUAUGUUAUACCAUAA